AUGCUUCCCCACGUGCUGGGAUGUGAAGCGGCCGCGGGGCCGGGCCAGUGCGGCUCCCACCACCCCUUCUACAAUGGCUUCUACUACAAUCACAUCAUGAAUGACGAGGGCAACGAGCAGGAGAAAGAUACUUAUUUCAACGGGGCCAAGCUGGUGGUGGAGACACCCAAAGACCCUGUGUACAGCGCCAACGGUGCCAACGUCACCCUGCCAUGUCACUACCACCAUGAGCCCGACCAGGAGGCCAAGCACAAGAUCCGUAUCAAGUGGUCCAAGCUGCGGGACGACUACACCAAGGAGCAGGAUGUACUGGUGGCCAUUGGCAAGACCUACAUGGCCUUUGGGGACUUCCAGGGCCGUGCUCACCUCCAGCAGGGCAGCCAGCGGGAGGCCUCGCUGGUCAUCAGCGACGUGCGCUUGCAGGAUGACGGCAAAUAUCGCUGUGAGGUCAUUGAUGGGCUGGAGGAUGAGAGCGACGUGGUGGACCUCCGGCUGCAAGGCAUCGUGUUCCCCUACCAGCCUCCUCGCGGGCAGUAUAGCCUCAAUUACCACGAAGCCAAGCGAGUGUGUGAGGAGCAAGCUGCCAUGCUCUCCACCUUCAACCAGCUUUUCCAGGCCUGGAGUGAGGGGCUGGACUGGUGCAACGCGGGCUGGCUGGCAGACGGCACAGUGCAGUACCCCAUCCGCCUGCCCCGCAAGCCCUGCGGGGGGCUGCACCUGGCCCCGGGCAUCCGCAGCUACGGCCCGCGCCACCGCCACCUGCACCGCUUUGAUGCCUUCUGCUUCUCCUCUGCACUUAGAGGAGAGGUUUUCUACCUGGACCACCCAUCUGGGAUGACGCUGGAGGAGGCCAAGCAGAGCUGCCAGGAUGCAGGGGCCGAGAUUGCCCGAGUAGGACACCUCUACUCCGCCUGGAAGUUCCUGGGGCUGGACCGCUGCGACGCGGGCUGGCUGGCGGACGGCAGCGUCCGCUACCCCAUCACCAAGCCCCGGCCCAACUGUGGCCCCGCCGAGCCUGGUGUCCGCAGCUUUGGCUUCCCCAGGAAGGGCAGGUUUGGUGUCUUCUGCUACAAGGAGAGAUAA